GGAACAUAAGGCCGUAGCCCAAUUCAGGAUGAAGAGGCGGACUUCCUGACCGCACUAUCCCCUCGGAAUCCUCCCCACGGAGGGUUACACCUCGGAGGAUGACGCAAUUGUUUUUCUUCUCCAUCACCUCGGUCCCAUCCUUAGCGGGUUAGAACGCGCAUGUAAACGGCCCAGUGGCCGAUAUAGUUGUAAUAAGGCCUUCAUUUGGGGUAGUUGUAGAGUUGUAGGGGCGGCCUUCAUUGUGUCAAAUUGCCCCCCUGUCUGCAAGCUCGGGCAAAUUGCUUCAUGAGCUGCAAGCGGUGAAAUUAAUGUUUGCUGAACGACGAUGAUGGCCGACAUAUUAUUAUGAAAGGAAUGCACUUGGACAUGGUUUUUUUGGUGAAUUGGGGUUCUUAAAAAGAGCUUGAAUUUUUUGCCAUAUAUCUAUCCUUCAUGUGUGUGAAUUUAGACACUUCGAACAGUGAGAUUAAUCAUGCUGUAUUUCCAUUAUAGUCUUCGUAACAGAUUCAUUCUUUUAGAGAUAUUUAUCUGUCUCUUGAUUUUCCCAAACUGCAAUUGGAAACGUUUGCUGAGUUACCUCAGGUAAAUAAAAGUAAUAACCAUUCCUGGAGAUAGCAUGCAAAGGAAUCUUCAAAUGGUCGUACACAUGUGCGAUGAUGUAGAAAUGCCACAUCAGGAUAGAGAUGGAGGGAUGUCUCAUUCCCCUAAAAGGGUCAUAGUUGCAUCUGAAGGAAAUACAGGUCUCGAGCCACAUGAUGGUAUUGAAUUUGAGUCCCAUGAAGAUGCAUAUUCUUUUUAUCAAGAAUAUGCCAAAUCAAUGGGAUUCACAACCUCAAUAAAAAACAGCCGGCGUUCAAAGAAAUCUAAAGAGUUUAUAGACGCAAAAUUUGCUUGUUCUAGAUAUGGAGUGACACCAGAGGCUGAAGGUUGCAGUAGUAGACGCCCUACCGUGAAAAAGACAGACUGCAAAGCAAGCAUGCAUGUAAAAAGAAAAGGAGAUGGGAAUUGGUACAUCCAUGAAUUCAUAAAGGAGCAUAAUCAUGAACUCCUUCCAGCCCUAGCAUACCACUUUAGAAUUCAUAGGAAUGUAAAACUAGCUGAAAGAAAUAAUAUUGAUAUUCUUCAUGCUGUCAGUGAACGAACAAGAAAGGUGUAUGUUGAGAUGUCAAGGCAAACUGGUGGAAAUAGAGAUGUUGAAUUCACGGGGGAUAGUUUGAAUUAUCAGUUUAGUAGAGGGCAGUGUUUAGGGUUAGAAGAGGGUGAUGCACAACUCAUUCUUGAGUAUUUCAUCCGUAUACAGAAAGAGAACCCAUAUUUCUUUUAUGCUGUUGAUCUCAAUGACGAUCAGUGUUUAAAGAACCUUUUCUGGGUUGAUGCCAAAAGCAGAAAAGAUUUUGUUAGUUUUAGUGAUGCUGUUUUCCUUGAUACCAAUUAUAUGAAGAGCAAUGAAAAGAUGCCAAUUGUACUUUUUGUUGGAGUGAAUAAUCAUUUUCAGCCGAUGAUACUUGGAUGUGCACUAGUAGCAGAUGAGAGCAAACAAACAUUUGUGUGGUUAAUGAAAACAUGGCUUCGAGCUAUGGGUGGACGACAUCCUAAAGUAAUUAUAACUGACCAGGACAGAGCUCUUAAAUCUGCUGCUGAGGAAAUUUUCCCUUCUUCAUGUCAUUCCUUUGCUCUUUGGCAUGUAACCGAAAGGAUUCCUGAAAUUCUUUCUCAUGUCAUAAAGCAGCGUGAUAAUUUCAUGGGAAAAUUCACCAAGUGCAUAUUCAAGUCAUUGACGGAUGAACAGUUUGAUAUGAGAUGGUGGAAGAUGGUUACCAGAUUUGAGUUACAAGAGAAUGAAUGGAUUCGUUUGUUGUAUGAAGACCGAAAAAAUUGGGUUCCGAUUUUCAUGAGGGGUGCCUUUUUAGCUGGAAUGUCUACAAGUCAACGAUCUGAAAGUCCAGUCUCAUUCUUCGACAAGUACAUCCACAAGAAGAUCAGUCUUAAAGAGCUUGUGAAGCAGUAUGGACUCAUUCUGCAGAAUAGGCAUGAAGAAGAAGCCAUAGCAGACUUUGAUACAUUGCACAAACAACCUGCAUUGAAAUCUCCUUCACCAUGGGAGAAGCAAAUGUCUACAAUUUAUACUCACACAAUAUUCAAGAAAUUUCAGGUCGAGGUUCUGGGGGUAGUCGGAUGCCACCCAAAGAGAGAAGGAGGCGUAAAUGGUGCAAACAUAACAUUCAGGGUUGAUGACUGUGAAAAGGAUGACAACUUUAUUGUGACAUGGAAUGAGGCAAAAUUGGAUGUUUCCUGUUCGUGCCUACUAUUCGAAUACAAAGGGUUCCUUUGCAGACAUGCAAUGAUUGUUCUUCAAAUGUGUGGCCUUUCAAGCAUCCCAUCACAUUAUAUUCUGAAGAGGUGGACUAGAGAUGCCAAGAUCACGCACAUGGUGGAGGGCACUGAAAGGGUUCAAACAAGGGUGCAAAGGUACAAUGACCUGUGUAAAUGGGCCAUUGAAUUGGGGGAAGAAGGUUCUUUAUCUGAGGAGAGUUACAAUAUUGCAUUUCGGGUACUAGAUGAAGCUCUUAGGAACUGUGUGAAUGUUAAUAACAGAGCUGGUACAGAAUGUAGCAGUACUAUUGCUGUCAUUCGUGACGUAGAAGAAGAGAACAAAGGAUCUCAUGCCAUGAAAACAAGUAAGAAGAAGAGUGCGACAAAGAAAAGAAAGGUACAAUCUGAGACUGAACUGGCAAUUGUUGACACUCAAAACAGCUUGAACCAACUGGAUAAUCUUAGCGCAGAUAGUAUGACCCUGAGUGGAUAUUAUGGAACACCACAGAAUGUGCAUGGACUGAUGCAGCUUAAUUUGAUGGAGCCACCUAAUGAUUCUUAUUAUGUCAACCGACAGAGUAUCCAGGGACUGGGGCAACUUACUCCAAUUACACCUAGUCAUGAUGGUUUUUUUGGGUCUCAACAAAGUGUGCCUGUACUGGGGCAUCUGGAUUACAGACCAAGCUUUGGUUUCAGCUUACAGGAUGAGCCUAACAUGAGAUCUGCUCAGUUGCAUGGCGACAGUGCAAGCCAUGAAUGAAAAAUGCGCAUAAUCUACUGCUCUCCAAGAUGUUGGUUCCUUACAAAUUACAGCAUUCUGAUAGUUUUGGCAUUCCAAUUCCCUCAUGAGUUGCUGCAGUGGAUUUAGGCUUUUGAAGUUCAGAAGUACAAUUUCAGGGAUACAGAGUUGCAGUUGCUGGAUCUAUGAAGGAAGUUUCACCUUUCACCAUUUCUCAGAUUCAAAUCUGUACAACUCCUUUACACCGAGUGAUGAGAGUAGUUCGCACGGGGGCAAUAGUUGGUGGCAAGCAUAGAGGAAAUGUCAUUAUGUCAUGAUGACGGGGGCAAUAGUUGGUGGCAAGCAUAGAGGAAAUGUCAUGAUGAUGUGCUUGACGAGACUAUGUUUUUUGCUUAUAUUGGCUAGUGUUAGAUUGGUUAUCCCGAGUUACACCCCUACUGAAAUUAUUUUGUACACGCUUCACACACGUUUUGUUUGUAUCACAUACAUUUAGGGAGUGUUUGCAACUGCUUCUGCUUAAAAAAAAGCACUUUUGGAGAAGUAAUGAAAAAGUGAUUGGUAGUAAAAGUUGAUAGUGUUUGAGAAAAAAGUGAUUUUGAAAAGUAAAAGUUGGUAGUGUUUGGUAAAAUAAGUGCUUUUUGUGUAAUAGAAAAGAGAAAAACACUUUUCACACGCAAGUCGAGAAAAAGUAAAAAUUGGUAGUGUUUGGUAAAUAAGUGCUUUUUAAAGCCAAAAGCUGAGAAGUGCUUUUUUUAAGCAGUUGCAAACACUCCCUUAGUAUAAAAUCAGACAAUCACGAGUUACGGACGAAUUCCUCCUCCCAAUACUGACAAAAUGUGCCGGGGCGUGUAUAUAAAAAUGUGUGCACAUGACAUGCUUCUUAUUUUAUUACUACCUCUCAAAAUCAC